GACAAUAGGAUAAGAUAUAUAUGUAUGAUAUGAUUAUGGAGAUCUCGACCUAGAACCUACCUCUCUCCUUCUUCUUCUUCUCUCACUCUCUCUCCCUUUUAUAUAAACUAUUCUUAUUCCACUCUUCAAUUCUCCAACAACCCCAUUAUUUUCAUUUCUUCAUUCUCACUUUCUCAGUUUCUUCAUUGUUUCAUUAUCACUGUUACAGAUUAUUGCGUUCAUUCACUCUGGAAAAUGAGCACGCAGGUGCAGCAACUAAGAAGGUUCAACUCAAUGGAACGCAGGCCGAGGAUGCUGAAGGACUUCCUCAGCGACAACCUAAACUCGUGUUCCUCAAGCGGUUUCAAAUCACUUCCAAGAAAACCAACAAGCAUGCACACCCUCAUAGAAAUGGAACUCAAAUCAUCUUCAUCACCACCGUCAAACUCACCCUUCCAGACCCUCAUGAAGACCAUAAGAAGCAUCUCUUUCUUCACCUCAAUGAGAAAAUCACCCUCCGUGCUUUCCCUUCCCAGAAGCCUCUCUCGCAAACUCUCAUCGUCAAGGAGAAGAACAACCACAAGAAGAAGCAGAAGCCAAGGAUGCAACGAUAUCAGCAUCACGACGGUGAAGAUCAAGGACAUCAUGCGGUGGAAAUCGUUCAGGGACAUCGUUGAACCUCCCCCACCACCUUUGGAUUUCACGGUGGACCCCACCGGCGCAACCACCACCACCGCCAGUUGGAGUAUCAGCACUGGCUCUAGUUGGAGUGAGAGUGACUUUUUAACCUCUUCGUGGGAAGAUCCGCAAAACGACAGCGUUGAAGCUGGUAAAAGGUUUUCGUUUUCACCCCUUGUUGUCGGCAAGGACCCCAUAGCCACGGAAGCUGCAACUUGUGAAGAAGAACAAAACAGUCCAGUUUCUGUUCUUCAGGUUGGAGAAGAUGAAUUCUCACCUUUUGAUCAAAGCCUUGCCAACAUUCAAAGGAGGAAGCAGAAGUUCAUAGAAACAGUUCAGAAAUUGGAGAGUCUUGCAAAACUUGACCUUGCAGACUUAGAUCAAUGCCUCUCAUUGGAUGAAAACUCUCUCUAUGAUGAAGAAUAUGAAGAUGAUGAUGAUGACAUUGGAGAAGAAGAUUGGAGUGAGGAAAAGGCACAGCAACUGCUACAUUGUGUGAAAGCAAGAUGUUCAGCAGAUGGUUGUAAAGACCAUUUGGAUACACUUCUGUUGGAUUUUUUCAGUGAAGAACUGAGUGGAAGUAGAAAGCAGUAUAAGAAUGAAGAGGAGUUGAAAACUUUGAGAGUAGCUGAGGAUUGGAUCAAUGGAUCAUUUGCUUUUGAUGAAGGGCUUGCUGAUAAACAAGCUUACAUCAAGGACAUGGAAAAGAGAGAUCAGUGGAGUAGGUUUCAGGAAGAACAAGAAAAACUAGCUUUUGAAAUUGAGAAAGCUAUAUUUCACAGUUUGGUUGCUGAUCUUGUUGACUCAGAAGGUUAAUAGCUUCUCCUUUCAGAGUUAAACCCUAUGAUCCUUCUUCAAGCAGCCUAUAAAAUAUCUUUUUCACUUCCAAAAGAGUAGUUUACAAUGUAAAUUUUACAUUUCAGAAUAAAAAGGUGUGGACCAAGAUAUUUAUGAGGAGCAAAAAGUUGGAUCCUAAGCCAAGUUUUGUAAGAACUCUGAACCUUAAGCUGCUACACUGGCCUACUUGUUCUUCUGAUCUUGAAGCCUAAAAUAUGGACCUAGCAGGCAUGCCUGAAAAGGAAUCAUAGUUACCAAAUGCAGGAAUUUGUGGUAACGAAAAGAAAAAGUUGAGAGUUUAGUUUGUAUUGGAAACUCUGAUGAAGAGGUAAUAGUUACUGGUUUAGAUUUUGGACAAUGGAGUGUAGCAUAGUAAUUAUAGAGAAUUUCAAGGCAUAACUCAUGCCUACUUUUGUUAAGGUACAGGUAACUAGGAAGUUUAUUUAUUGAUGGUUUAUUGUUUUACAUAUGUAUAUUUUAGAAGAGUUCAUACAAGGCUUCUCUUCUCCCUCUAUCUCUCUGUAUAAUCUGUCAAACUUAUAUUUAGUAUUAUUUUAUGACAAUUGUUGCAGAUAUAUUAAAGAUUGUA